AUGAGAGAAUUAGAUGCUAAGGGUGCCAACUUUAGCAAUGCUAGUUUGGAAAGUUCAGAAUUUGUAGGGGCAAAUCUCCGUAUAUUUGUUGGUGCCAAUCUUGGCUCUGCAAAGAAAAAUUGUAGCUUUUGGGGAGCAAGCUUGGUCGCUACAGAGCUUCAUGAUGUUGAUCUUAGAAAUGCAAGUUUAGAGGGGGCUUGCUUGGUCUCUGCACAAUUGCUUGAUGUUGAUCUAGCAAAUGCAAAUUUAGAGGGGGCUAGUCGAGAACGUGCAGACUUGAAGAAUAUCAAGACAACAAACUAA